GUAAUGUUUUGUGGUGAUGUUGUAACUUUCCAUUAGCGGAUAGAUUAGCCGUCGCUGGGAGCCGCCUUUCGGAGGUCGGCAGUCACCAUCCUGAACGGGGUGUCGGGGAGAUGACGGCAGUGAGGGUGGAGCCAUGAGGUGGCAGGUGCCUGGCUUCAGCUCCGAUUUCACAAUCGGCGUCCUGCUCGGUUUCCGAACUUUUAUGCGUUUUCCGGCCUGAACAGGCCCUCGCCGCUUUUCUGUGACGAACGACAGAGCUCGUUGACGGUUCGCUCCGUCGGGCAGUACUUUUUUUUCGAAAGACUACAUUGACCGAAGAGCGUCCCAAUAGCGUGGUUUGAACCGUCUCCCUUCUCCCGGUGCAUUCCGCCACCGGCUGUUAUCAUGAUGCUGGGCCUCGGGAGCGGGCGGCGCGGCGCGCGCUCCCCGCCGUUGUUCUUCCUGCUGUUGGCGCUGGGCGCGUGCCUGGCCUUCCUCGCGCUCAGCUACUGGGUGUCGAGCUCGCGCAGCGCCGAGCUGCAGGCGCGGGUGGCCGCGCUCGACGCCAAGGUCCGGCGCGCGGCUGUCGACCUCAGCACCGCGGAGCUGCAGAAGCACCAACUCCAGCUGCAACUGCAGAGCCAGUUAGAGGGCCACAAGGAUGAAGUGGGUCAGCUCGGACUUCUGCACCGCCAACAGGUCCAAGCAGAAACCAGGAUCUGCAACGAGGAAAAGGAAGCCCUGAAUAAGAACAUUACCAGCAGCACAAGGAUAAUACAGACACUACAAGAACAAUUUGGAGAGCUGCAAAAAGGAUAUAGCCAUUUAAGUCAAAAGUUACAGGAACUGCAAAAAAAAUUAACCUAUGAUGUUACUCAGUGCAGUAACCAAAUAAAUGAUCAGAAAGAGCUGUACGAAGAGCAAAUUAAGGAAUUAAACAAGAGGCUUGCGGAGGCCACAAAGUUUCAACCUGAAAACAGAAAUGCUGAGCCAACUAAUCAAAGCAAGUUAUUGCAGACUGAACAGAAGCCAACAGAAAGACAACAUAACACUGAACUAUCAAAUAAAGAGCUGCUGUUUUCAAGACAAAACAAAGACCAGACAGACCAGCCAGAAAUUGAGAAAAUAAAUAAAGUCGAACAUAAGACAAAUGAAUUUGAACACGAUGCAACAUCUAGAAAGUUUGCUCAAGAAAUUGCAAACACAUUAUUAGAUACAGGCACGCUUGAUGAUAAAAAUCGAACAAGGCUCGACUUUGAAAAUUUAGAAUCCAGAAGAAUUGCAGAUGAUGAAUAUCAAAAUCAGAAAGAGCUGCUGAAUACAUUGAAAGAGAAAGACACUGCAGAUUAUAAUGGAGAUGAGGGCAAUGUUGCAGAAUCUGAGAAUGACAAAGAAGCAGAACUUGCAAAUGAUUUUACAGGUGUACAAAAGACACAGUGAAGAAACUGUGAACAGAAUUCUUAAUCAAAAUGAAAAUGGUAACUUGGGACCAAUGUUGUGAAGAAAACCUUGUGAAAAUGGUUAACUGAGUUUAUCUGUUAUUUGUUGAUCUUGCACAUUUUUUGGUGACAAUGGCCAAAAUCACAUUUCUUUAAAAAUGGUAGGGGCCUUAAGUCAAAAUAGAAUGAACUGGUACCAAUCAUAUACCUUGGGCAUUCCAUAAACAGAUAGAAAGUGAAGAGUAUAAGAGAUUUUAUGGUUUUGAACAAAAUUUAGUAAUAAACUGUAUUAAGCAGUUGAGAUGAAUUCAGACUCAUGGCUUGUUGAAUGCUUGAGCAGACCAAUACUGAAAUUUGAUGCUCCAAACCUUAUUACAUUCACUGUUCUAAAUAGUGAUAUAAUUUAAUGGUUUUAUAAUCUAGAUAUUAGUUCCUUAUAUUUGUUUAAAGUAGCAAGUCUGUUAUAAUAGGAAUCCAAUUCAAUGUAGAAUUUAAGAAUUUCUAUUUUAACUAUAUACAAAAGUUAAAGAAUUGUUUUUCAUCUGUGAGUGAAGUAGAUAUUCAAGGCUAAGUUCGUUAUUUAAGAAAGAUUUUUGAAAUGUCUUGAAGAUGUGAUCAACCUUUACAUGUAUUUGUUGUGUAGUGUACCGCCUACUGUUGGAUGUUUGGAGAAAAAUUAUUGUUGAGAUUUUUUUUCUUAGUUGGAAAGCUUUUUAAAUUGCUAAGAUGUGAAAAUUUUAAUUAUCUAUGUUACUAAUCUCAGGAUGAGCUUACAGUAAACGUAACUGAAUUUCUUCAUAGAGAAAAUACCCAGUGUUGGCCUCUGAAGAGACAGGGUUGAAAAUGGAAUUAAAGCUACUUUCAUUCUUUAUAGCAGUUUAUCUGCUGCACUGCAUUAUCAAGGCGUGUGGACUUUGAGGUUGGGGUGCAUAUUCCUUUCUCUUUCCAUUUAAAGAUCAAUUUUUUGUUUUCUAAAAUUAAAAUACUUCUCGAAUAAGACUAAUCCAUUGGGCCAAAUUCUUCUAACAAAGAAAAAUGUUAGAUUUCAUUAUUUUCUGUUUAGCCAUCUUAACAAGGAAAUGCCAGUAAUGUGUCUUUGUUUUAAAAGCAGUGCAGUUAUGUUUCUGUUGAUAACAUUUUUCUCAUUUAAACUUUGAAAUUAGUUUGGUAACUUUGUCCUGAUGAAAAUUUUAUUUUACCCUUUUGUAUUUUUAUCUGAAGCAUAUUUUCUACUUGUAAAAUCUUUUGCUGUGUUACAAAAGAAGGGCAAGAAGGAACCUUGUAUCUUUUACAUUUGGUCCCUUUAUAAGCAGGGGAAUUUUUUAAAAUUAAAGUUCCUACAAAAUUAUAACGUGUCAUUAAAAUGAUACUGGCUGUACUGUUCUGUCAAUAAAUGUUUACUUUGUGAAGCUUG